UAUUUCAGCUGCAGGUCUGCAUGGGCCCGAUUUAAGGUGACUUCCCUCAUAGGAACUGAGUCUAAAAUGAAGUUAUGGGACGUUCUGGCCACGUGCUUGUUGCUCCUGAGCUCUGUUUCCACUCGCCCUCUGUUCCAAAAUCUCCAGCCAGUAAAAAGUGCUUCUCUUCUGGAGCAGCGCAGUGACUCCCCGGUCCAGGACCCCGUCAUAGACUCUGAAACCGAACCCAUUAGCCUGAAAGAAAUCUCCAUGGAGGAUCGAUAUGAUGACAUCACUGGCCUUUACCCAGAGCAAUUUGAGGAUGUAAUGGACUUUAUCGAAGCCACAAUCAGCAGACUCCGCAGGUCUCCCGAGCUGGACGCUAGCUCCCUGAACAGGAGGGAUAGGGGGAGACAGAGAGGCGCGGCGAACACGGAAAGAGCGGGAAAAGGACGAGGCGGCGACAAGAGGAGGGGCAGAGGGCGUAACGGAGGCCGAGGGGGGGGCAAAGGAGGCAAAGACGAACGGGUAAAAGUUCAAGGGCGCGGGUGCUUACUGAAAGAGAUCCACCUGAACGUGACGGAUUUGGGGUUGGGGUAUCGGACCAAAGAGGAAUUGAUUUUCAGAUACUGUAGCGGUCCCUGCCAUGACGCCGAGACCAACUACGACAAGAUUCUGAACAACCUCACUCACAAUAAAAAGCUGGACAAGGACACGCCGUCUCGGACUUGCUGUCGGCCGAUCGCUUUCGACGACGACCUCUCUUUUUUGGACGACAACCUGGAGUACCACACUCUGAAGAAGCAUUCCGCCAGGAAGUGUGCCUGUGUGUGA